AUAGCCAUAACCGCUCAUCAUUACAACGGACCAACAUAUCAGCUAAACAUCCGUCUUGCUACACAAACAUUGAUAUCAAUAUGUCUACGUCAAAAGUAUUUAUCGUUACCGGCGCAAGCAAAGGCAUUGGUGCUGCUGUCACGCGCAAGCUCAUCAGCGAUUCGCACAAGGUGGUGCUUGCUGCUCGCUCGGCAAAGCUCCUAGAGCAGAUCAAGAGCGCUAACCCGGACCAAAUUGAAUAUGUAGCUGGUGACAUGACUGAUCCAGAGAUCUCUUCCAAACUGGUGCAAGUAGCUGUGCAGAAGUUUGGCCGCCUUGACGGCAUGGUGAUCAACCACGGCGUCCUUGAGAAUAAAUUAGUCGCCGAGACGUCCUUGGAAUCUAUGAAACAAACAUAUGACGUUAACGUCUUCAGCUGUGUUGCCAUGGCUCAAGCUGGCCUCCAGGAAAUUAAGAAGACCCGGGGCUGCAUCAUUUGGGUCUCUUCGGGCGCUGCUCUGAAGGCCUAUCAAGCAUGGGGAGCCUACGGCUCAUCCAAAGCGGCCAUGAACGCGUUCUGUGCCCAUCUUGCCUUGGAAGAACCCGACAUUACCAGUGUCGCCAUCGGCCCCGGCCGAGUUGACACUGACAUGCAAGCACUCAUUAGAACUACAGGAAAGGACACAAUGCAGCCGGCAGUCUACCAGACCUUUGUGGAUGGUUACGAGGCGGGUGAACUCCUUAAGCCUGAGCAGCCUGGUGGUGUCAUUGCUCGCCUUGUGGCUAGUCCGCUCAAGGAGGUCUCCGGGCAGUACAUCAGUUGGAACGCGCCAGCCCUCGCAGCUUACCAGAGCUGAGCUCGUUGAUCGAAGCUGGGAUUCCUAUACGUAUGUAACGUUAGCCAAUGGUCUUGGAUAUAACAGUGGCGGAUGAAAAUUGGGAAAAUGGGUAAUGCGAUCAGUCGAAAGAUGAAAAGCUCUUAUUUUAAUCCACAUUUGGUGCUUCGGUAUUAGCAUGGAAUAAGAUUUCAUCAUCAUAGCAUUAGAUGCCCAAGAGGCAGACGGGAAAAUUAUGUGUAUAUAGAGACAUGGGAUAUUUGUCCGACAAUAUUCCUUACCUUUGAAUCAGUGUAUUAUAAGUUUGUGUGCAAGAUGCUUGUCGGCAGCUCGAUUCGAAGGAGAUGAUCCACGUUUGCAUCUAUUUGCUUGUUAGCGUGACUGCCUAGUAGAUUGAAAAUCUGUGAUAGCCAUGUAACAAGGAAUUGUUCAUUCAGUUUCGUCUAUUUGGCAUAAGACUAUGUCGAUCAGCACCGAAGGCUUGUCGGACCCUCUCAGACUGGGGCGACAACGAUAACUCAUCAAAGAACAAUUGGUAGGUGACGGGUUUUCGGGGAGGGCAGGAAUGGAAUGUGGUGAAUGGGCAGAUAGCAACAGCAGGGAAUUCUUACCAAUGAAGCACGUGAAUCAGCAGUAGUUGCAGCAGGAUGCUGUUCCCAACAAACUGCUGAUUCCAAUCCACGUCACCCAAGCUACAAAUGAAUAGAUUGUGUUGGUGGCCAGCGGACG